AUGGCUAUUCGUGAAUACUUCGACGAUGAUGACCCAGGCGAAGCCCCUCUCGCAGAAUGGCAGACAAAGCCAGAGCUGCCGACAGUCAAUGAAAUAAUGGGAACUGAGCACCCGGGGAAAGAAUUCAACCUCGUCACAAAUAAAAUCGAUGGUUCGUGGCCGUCCACCGACCUGUACCUCAAAACCCAUUACAGCCUCCUUCGUGAGGAUGCUGUCGCUAACCUACGUGACGCGGUUGCUUCUUUUUGCGAGCGUCCCGGCACAAUUGACAACAAGUCUUUCGUUAUCUAUGAGCGGGUCUACUUCACCCACAUCAUCAUGGCGCACCGAGGGAUGGCCUUUCGAGCUUGCUUCUCCACCAGACGUGCGGGUAAAAGGAUUCUCUGGGGCUAUUCCCCCCGCCUUAUUACCGGAAAUAUUGUCGCCUUGUCGCCGGCCAACGACAUGUUUUCAAGCAAAUGUGUGGUGGCAGUUGUGGCAGCAAGGCCGCUUGAAGGCGUCUCCAAAAACCCUCCUGAGGUUGAUCUUUUCUUCGCCCAUCCAGAAGAUAUGGAUUUUGACCCGCUCAAGGAAUGGAUCAUGGUUGAAUCCCGUUCAGGAUACUACGAAGCUCACAGAUACACCAUGACUGCCCUUCAAAAGCUGUCCAGAGAAAGCUUCCCUUUGAGCAAUCAUAUUUGUGGCCUGGAGAGAAAAAUUGAUGUACCAGAGUACAUUGCAUCCCGGUCCGCCGUGGAUUUGCGAGCCUUCCCACUGGCCGAUUCUCGAGUCGAAUCUCGCUACAAUCGCACCGGAGACUCGCGCGAGGCCGCCUUGAAGCAAUUGAAUAUCUACCAGCAAAAUGCUAUGAAACACAUGUUGGCAAACAAGUUGGCGAUUGUUCAGGGACCUCCAGGAACAGGCAAGACGUUUGUCUCUAUCGCCGUUCUCCGACUCCUUCUGGCACAGAUGGGCCACGGCGAUCCUCCCAUCAUCAUCGCCACGCACACCAACCAUGCCUUGGAUCAGCUGCUCACCCAGAUCGCGGUGUUCGAACCGAAUUAUAUCCGUCUUGGAGGCAGAAGCAAGAAUUUCAAAGUCUAUGCUCGAACUCUCUUUGCGAUUAAGGACAGUCAACCGCCAACUAAUUUGCAAAAUGGUCUUCUAUCGAAGGGUCGGAAGCAACAUGCAGCGCUGGUGACUGAUAUCAUCCAGAACACGCUCAAGGGUUUCCAUCAACAGAGUGGUGAUAGGAGUGGAAGUGCAUUCGUUCAUCAUGGUCUACUGACCGAAGAACAGCUCAACAUUUUGGAAGAUGACAGCAACCAAUGGGUGACUUUCACUAGCCAGAGGCACUCCGAUCCUUUCGUCGCCUGGCUUGGGGAUCAGGCUCUGAGAUUUGAAGAAUUUUGCUCUGACAAGGAGAUCAACGCCAAAAUUGACGACUGUGAUCAAGAUUAUGAGAUGCUCAUGGAAGUUGAAGCAGAGCAAGCCCCGAAUGCCGAUGAAUGGGAGUGCUUGAAGGGCAAAACUGUGGACCUCCGUGCAACGUUUCCAGUCCGUAUCUUCAGGACCAGACAUGUUCCAGCUCAAGCCAUCGAAGAAUACCUCAAGUUCCGUGACUUAUGGGAGAUCCCACGCGAGCAUCGUGGUGCUGUUUACAACGAGCUACAUCGCAGACUCGUCAGCAUCGUUCGGAAGGAGCUUCGGGAAAAAGCCAAGCUCUACAUGUCUAACAGCAGGACUCUCCAGAUCGGAAAAUUUGAGUGCGACUACGAGACUCUGAAGACAGCCAAGCUAAUUGGAAUGACAACUACCGGGCUGAGCAAAUACCGUGGCUUGGUCUCUGCCUUGAAGCCUCACGUUGUUAUGAUCGAAGAAGCCGCCGAGGUUAUUGAGGCACCAGUUGCUGUUGCGUGUUUUGAAUCUCUCCAACAUUUGAUACUCAUGGGCGAUCACAAGCAGCUCAAAGGCCACUGCGCUGUACAUGACCUGGCAGCCGAGCCUUACAAUUUGGAUGUGUCGAUGUUUGAGCGUCUUGUUCAGAAUAACUUUCCAUUUGUGAUGUUGAAGGAACAGCGCCGAAUGGCUCCAGAGAUACGGCGUCUAUUAAACCCGAUCUAUGACGAGCUGGAAGACCAUGAAUCAGUCUCGAAGUUUGACCCAGUUCCAGGAAUGGGAGACCUGAGAUCCUUCUUCUGCGAUCACACCUGGCCCGAAGUUGACGAUAGUCUCACCUCAAAAGUCAAUGAAAUCGAGGCUCUUCUGGUUUGCGAACUCUACUGCUAUUUGUGUUUGAAUGGAGUUCCAAGCAGCAAGAUUACCAUUCUCACCUUCUACAAUGGCCAGCGGAAGAAAAUUCUCAAGAUGUUGAUGGACAAUGAGAACACCCGACGUCACGAUCCCAUAGUCGUCACGGUUGAUUCGUAUCAAGGAGAAGAGAAUGACAUCGUGAUUCUAUCCCUGGUGCGCAGCAGAGACGGACCGUCCGAUGGAAUUGGCUUCCUUGCCGUUGAUAACAGAGUAUGCGUGGCUUUCUCACGGGCCAGGCGUGGACUUUAUAUCUUCGGCAACUCCCGGCAUUUAGCAGCUGCAAGUGAGCUCUGGAAACAAAUUAAAUACAUUUUAGAAGUGGGUGAGCAGGGAGCUCCUCGAAUCGGGAAUGGAAUUCCUGUGACUUGCAAACACGGCAAGACAAUGACAAUGAGUUCCAUUCGUGACUGGCACAAAACAAACGGCGGCUGCGAGGAGAUGUGUGGAGCGAUUCUGGACUGUAGACACAAAUGUCCCCACAGAUGCCACCAAUUCCCUCACUCCAGCGUCACUUGCACUCAGCCAUGCCAGUACAAGCAACCUUGCUGUGGCAAGCAAUGCUCGGGGUAUAAAUGCCAGGAAACGCAUUACCACUCGUGUGACUGCUCCGCGAUCCCCGCUCUCUCAGCUGUAUCGCACCGAGGAAAUAUCUUCAGUCCACCAGUUCCACCGAAUUCCCGUUCAUCUACUGAGGAGCCAGAAGCCAGGCUUUUGAUUAACUUCUCAGAAGGUGACACCCUCGAUGAUUCUACUUCAGUGGAUAAGGUAACAAAGGCCAGAAUUUCCACAGAAAGAUGGACUAAGUUCGCGAAUGGAGGUGCUCGCGAGAGUAACCUUGCGCUGAAUGAUCUGGCAAAGAAUAAGGAGGGCGAAGUUCCUGUCAGGAAGACCCACUUGAUGGAUGCGGCUGAGGAAGGGGUGGAAGUAUGCAAAGGGGCAACCCUAAAGCCAAUGGUGAAGGAGGGUGUGCAGCACAAAGCGCAGGCUGGAUCAAAGCCUGAGCUUCAUAAGCCUGUUCUAGUUAGACAUUUGCUGGACUGA